GCUCUCCUCCCCCUCCCUCCCCGUCUUCUCUGUCGACAGGAAACAAGCAGCCAGCUUCGCUUCCUGCAAUCAUCGGCUGCCGCCAAGUGGACAAUAUUGACGGUCUUUGGAGCAUCCUUUUGACAUUAAAGUCCACUGAGGAGCCGAGGGGAUGUCCGUCGCAGGGUUGAAGAAGCAGUUCCACAAGGCCACGCAGAAAGUCAGCGAGAAGGUGGGUGGCGCCGAAGGAACCAAGCUGGACGAUGACUUCAAGGAAAUGGAGAAGAAGGUGGACAUCACCAGCCGAGCAGUUCUGGACAUCAUGACCAGGACCACAGAGUACCUGCAGCCCAACCCGGCGUCCAGAGCCAAGCUCAGCAUGAUCAACACCAUGUCCAAAAUUCGCGGACAAGAGAAGGGACCAGGAUACCCUCAAGCCGAGUCCGUCCUGGGAGACGCCAUGUUCAAGUUUGGACGGGAACUGGGGGAGGAGUCCAGUUUUGGCCUGGCGCUCAUGGAUGCCGGCGAGGCCAUGAAGGAGCUGGGUGAGGUAAAAGAUGCUCUGGACAUGGAGGUCAAACAGAACUUUAUUGACCCACUGCAGAACCUCCAUGACAAAGACCUGAAGGAGAUACAGCACCACCUGAAGAAGAUGGAAGGCCGCCGCCUGGACUUUGACUACAAAAAGAAGCGUCAGGGCAAGGUACAGGACGACGAGAUCAAACAAGCACUGGAGAAGUUUGACGAGAGCAAAGAGAUUGCCGAGCAGAGCAUGUUCAACCUUCUGGAAAGCGACAUUGAGCAAGUGAGCCAGCUGGCAGCGCUGGUCCAGGCCCAACUGGAGUAUCACAGCCGCACAGCUCAGAUCCUCCAGCAGCUCUCCAGCAAGAUGGAGGACAGGAUAAAGGAAGUGUCCAGCAAACCCAGGAAGGAGUUUGUUCCAAAACCUCGCAUGACCUUGGAGCUGCUGCCUCCCAGCGAGAGCCACAACGGCAGUCUCCACUCUGCUAAAUCCCCUGGAAGAUCGCCAGCCCCCCUGGACCAGCCGUGCUGCCGGGCGCUCUACGACUUUGAGCCUGAGAACGAGGGCGAGCUGGGCUUUAAGGAGGGCGACGUCAUCACGCUGACCAAUCAGAUCGAUGACAACUGGUACGAGGGAAUGAUCCACGGCCACUCAGGCUUCUUCCCCAUCAACUAUGUCGACAUCCUGGUGCCACUCCCACAUUAAGGCCCACCAGCUGCCGCCGCCCCGCACAACCAUCGCCGCAGUCCACGAAUCGCCGCCUCCUCCUUCUCCUCCUUCUGUGCUUUGUGCGACUGCGUGACGUCAUGAUUGACAGCCGCCUGGCUGCGGGACUCAAGUGGGAAGAAGAGAGGUGAGCGUGUCCGCAUGAGAACCACAUGAGGCUCUUUGCCGGCUCAGAGCUCCACGCCGCCACAUUGAGGCGCUGUGGCAUAAAUGUGCGCGUCGUCGUCUUCGCGUCUUUCAGCAUGGCUCUCUCCUUCUCUUCUUCUACCACGCUACGUUUGCAUGAGGCAGCCGUCUUGCAUCAUAGAGGGGCGGGGUCUUCUCAUGACAACGCUGAAGUCAGUGUUUUUUGUCAAGUGGCUGCUUGUUGGCGCAUCUUUCUUGUGGCUUUUGCAUGCGAGUCUGUUCGAACAACAUGGAUGUUACUCCCUGCAUCACAAGGUCACUGCGUCAGCAGGCUGCCAAAAGGUCAGCUGUCCGUGAGGUGACUGGUGAAUUAGUAGACGCAAAAGUAUUCAACGUUGUCAGUCAGUCGUGUGUAUCCGAAUGUGUUUCUCGACCUGCGGUGUCCAAACUAGAGACCGAGGGCCAUUUGCGGCCCGCAGCAUAUUGUGAAUAUACAAUUAAACAAGAAAACAACAGCAAAAGUGGAAAAAAAGAGCACAAUGGCGUAAUGUAACAAGAAAAAGUUGAAAUGUUAAUACAGUGGAACCUCGGUUUGCGUCCACCCCAGUUAGCAUGCUUUUCGGUUCAUGUCGAAAAUUUACGCCAAAACUUUGCCUCGGUUUGCGUGCAUUCGCUGGUUAGCGUCAUGUCCUGUUGUUAAUUCAUGUUGAGUCCAACUGUGUUCUUAAUGUAUUUUUUUUAUCACAAAACAUCCUUCUUUGUUAGCAUAUUAGCUAGCUAAACAAAAUGGCAAACGGAACCAGAAGUUACAUUGCCCGUCUAUGACGUCAUCAGCGGUUGACUCUCAAAAAUGUAAACACAAAACACGUUUGUAUGGUUUUGCAAUUUUAGUUUUACAUGCAUAAAACACUUCCUAAUAUAUAUACAUGAUGAAUGAAAGCGGUAAAUGAACUUUUAAGGUUACUUUAACCUUCAUCGAAGACGUGACUGUUCAAAGUACCGCCAAGAAUUGUUUGCAGUGAAGGUAACAUGAUUACAGUAUUUGUCCCCUUCAUUCAUCAUUGAUAUGCAUUUCAAAUUGUUUUCUGCAUCUAAACCUAUAAUUGUAAAACAAUAAAAAUGUGUUUCGUGUUAACAUUUUUGGCUUUCUGGAACUGAUUAAUUGGAUAUACAUUAUUUCUUAGGGGAAUAUUUGAGUCGGUUAACGUUGGUUUCAGUUAGAGUCUGACUUUCUGGCACGAAUUGAUGACGCUAAACAAGUAGCAAUGUUACAAAACCCAUAUUUUAGCAAUGAAAAAAUCUGACGGUGAGCAUGCGCACUCUGAAGGAGAGUCCAUGCAGACGUCCUUAAAAAUGCAUUUUUUUCAUAUGAUUUAUAUUGAGUGUUGGACUACAUCAAGUCAAUUCGUGCGUGGAAAAUUGAAGUACAAUUUAAGGCCUUUAAAAUUCAUGGACGGAGCUAUGGAAGAAGGUAAAAGGUAUAUGGAAGAUUAAUUUACUUUCAUAACUAUCUGCAGACGAAAUUUCAUUAAAAUGUAAUGGUCUGUUUUGGGGUUUUUUUGCCCGGAAACAGUACACGUUGCAUUUGCAUUGUGGGGUGAAAACGAAUACAAAGCAUGCUGCUGCACUGCGGUGUGAGGCAUAUACAUGGAAAAUAUGACACUUGACUUUCUUCGCUGGACUUUUUGAUGACCAAAAACAUGUAAAUGGAUACUCGUUAUUAUAUAUUUUGUAGUACGGUUGUCUGUGUGUCCAUCACAGCUUUUGUCUUGACUCAAAGUUAAGCAAUGGGGACCAAAGGCACCAUUUCCCUGUGUAAAAUCUGCUCUAACUUCUUUAAUAUUUGGGCUAGAGAAGUGAGAUUUCAAACUGAAGUUCAAGUCAUGCUAUAUCAGGUAGAAUUAAUCACUGGCUUGAUUUUACAAAUUUCAAAAUUUUGUAACAUUGCUAGAACAAUGUUGCACUGUACUGAUUACACUAAAGAUAAUACGAUUUGUCACACAUAACGCAAAGCUGACAUGCAGGCAUAUUAAUCUUUUAUCUUAGCAUGUCCACACGGGUUUCUUUUAGCAUGCUUAAGAAAUGUUAAAUAUCCAAAUGGCCACACCCCCGAAUCAUUUAAUUUUUCAGUAUGCGGUCCUCGGUGGACAAAGUUUGGACACCCUUGUCACAACACAAAGCUGAUAUGCAGGCUGUUUUUGUCGUUAAAUAUACAUAACUUAUUAGCAUAUAGAAUCGGUAUUAGCCUUUUUUUUUUAACUAAAAAAAAAUAUCAAAGUGGCCCCCCUGCACUCUUUGAUUAUUCAGUUUGCCUUCAGUGGAAAAGGUUUGUUGUCUAUACCAUGCUAGCGUCCUUAAGAUGAAAAGCAUUCAAAGUGUGUAAAUUGUUCACAGUCCACACAAACCGACAGCAUGUAUCCACUCAAAUAGUCUGUGUUACAUGUGAGUUAGCAUGGCUAAAGCUAAAGGCUAAUACUUGGGGCUAACAGCCAGCCACCCAGCCUCGCUGUUCAAACCAACACUAAAUGGAUUACCAGUCAAACGCUUGUUUCCACCACUCCUUUCCUCCUCCGAGUCAACAUCAUGAAGUGUAUGAAUCUUUAAGUUAACACAGAUAGUAAGCUAACAGUCUAACGAGCCUGAAUAACACACAGCUGCUAGCUAUGGAUAUCAAUAAGUAUUGAUCACAAAGGCAAUAAAAGAGAAACUUAGCUCUUCCGGACUGUGAGACAUUAUCUUUCCUUCAACAGUUCGUUGUGUUGAGCGGGUUUACGUUGUGGUGUUCAGCGGUCGCCGCCAUGUUUGUUUGCCCCACCUGAUGUCUUUCCCGUUAGCACUUUUAUGUCAAAGUGCAUUUCCUCAUUCUUUUAAUCGGAUGGCGGCGUGUUUUCUGGCCUCCAUGAGGGACCCUUGCAGCCUUGUUCAGACCCUUGUAAGAAUAAUAGCCUACUUGAAGACGCACGCCAGUCAGUAACAGGACCUUGCUUUGACCUCUGGCUGCUCCAUGAUACAGUUUGCCUUGUAUAAAAUGGCCUCAUCAGUCUGCCUGCUGUCUUCUGCUGAGCUACUUUGUUAUUUAUAAUUGUAUUUAUCACAGAUUUAUUCCUGUGUCUUAUUUAUUUAUGAGCUGUGGUGGAGGGGGGCGUGGUCCAAGAUAGCUGUUGCUCUCCUCCUAUUGGAUGAUGAUGAUGAUGAUGUGUAUGUAUCUGCUUGUUGUGAAGAUGACCUGCAAUGUACUGACAAUAAAGGAUUAACACGA